AUGGCCGGUCGUGAAUUCACUCUGUCCUUCGAGACCACUCCCCCAACAGCUGUGCGACCUGGGCUUCCAUUUACCAUUCCGGUAGUCAUUGCAGUGAAGCCCAUCGGAACCCCGGCCCAAAACGUUCAAGCCCUCGUGGUGAACGCCUCACUGCGCGACGAAAACGGUGCUGGAGCCGCAACGGGCCUGAGCGGUAAUCUUACAGCGAGUGUACGCAGCCGAGCCGACAAUGCAAAGAGUGGUUUUGCGAAGUGUAGCCCUUUGACGAUCUCGCAACCGGGGAAGUUUCGCCUGCGCGUGAUGCUCAGCGUGGCCUCGUAUAAUGGCGUGGUGACCAAGGAGUAUGUCGACUCGGCGGUAAUUCAUGUACACGCUGGCGCAGCGGCGGCGCAACAGCCAACUGCUCUUCAAGUUAUGCGCCUCCAGCAACUGACGGCUGAGAAUUUGGAUAUCUCCGCCGCCGAUAUUGCGGCGUGGCAGCGCGCGUAA